UAGAAAUACAAAAUUCAUACUCAUAUUUUUCUGGAAGUUUCUCUCACUAUAUAUCCAUUUCUCCAUCUAAAAUUAAUAUUCAGAGGUUUCAUAGCUUUCAGACGAAGCAUCUACGCCAGGGUUUCUUCAUGUCGGCAAAAUACGAUCCUACUGACCUAAAUUCCGGAGUUGUUAAUGUUGAGGUGAAAAACGAGGAUAUUAAUGUUGUUAGUGUUGGUCAAUUAGGAAAUGAAACCCUAAUUGAGAAUCGAAGUAAUCAGCAUUUAGUUGGUGAAUCUGUUGUUGAUGGGGUUAGGGUUUUUGGAGAAGGGAAUGAGAUUGGUGAGGGUUUAAGAUUGCAAAUGGAAGAUUUAGAUGUGGAAAUUGAUUUGGAUUCGGGUGAUCUCGAUUGUCAAAUGGGAUUUUUAGGAAAUGAUGGGCUUAACUUUAAACCUUUGGUUGAUCUGGGGGUGAAUGUGAGUACAGAUGUAGCAAAUGUGAAGUGUGCCGAAGUCCUUGAUAAAGGGGGAUUUUCGCAUAUUGCUGGAGACGGGAAUGUAGUCGAAGGAAGUGAGACGCGAGACGUAUUAGUUAGGAACAAUGAAUUUGUUUGUACAACGGUUUACAGUGACUCUCAAGUGGUGGAUAUGGAUGGGAAUCAAGACGGAUUAAAUGAAGUACAACUGAUAGAAGUUGAGUUGAAAAAUGAAGAUGGUGUAGGUGUUUGCCCUGAUACUCUAGUUCCAGAAAGACGAGGGGAUAAUGACAGAAUGGAAGAGGAAGGGAAAUUUUAUGUGUCUGAUUUAGUAUGGGGUAAGGUGAGGAGUCAUCCGUGGUGGCCUGGACAGAUAUUUGAGCCUUCUGCUGCAUCAGACAGAGCAAUGAAAUACUUUAAAAAGGACAGCUAUCUGAUAGCAUAUUUUGGUGACCAGACAUUUGCAUGGAAUGAAGCAUCUCGCAUUAAGCCAUUUAGGACGUACUUCUCUCAAAUGGAGAAACAGAGCAACUCAGAACGCUUUUCUCAUGCCGUGGGCUGUGCUCUAGAUGACGUCUCUCGACGGGUUCAGUUUAGGCUGGCCUGCUCAUGUUUGCAGGAGGAGACCCGAGCAAAAAUGAAAUCCCAGAUUGUUAUGAAUGCUGGUAUCAGGGCAGAAUCAAGCAUGAGAGUUGGAGGUUACUAUUUUUCAGAUGAAACCUCAUUUAACCCUGCCGAACUUGUUAGAUCACUGAAGUCAGCAGCUGCAGCCCCACAUUCUGGGGUUGAUAGAUUGUCAUUUGUGUUGGCAAAAGCUCAAUUGGCAGCCUUUAAUUGCUGGAAGGGUUAUUACGAGGUCCCAAUAAUAGAAGAAUAUAGUGAUUUGGAGAAUGAUAAUGAUGUUGAACCACUGCAUGGGAAGAAAGAUGUGGCAGGAGUGGCUUCAGAGGAAAAUUCAGAUCUCGAAGAUACAUCCUCUACAAAGCGUCGUCGACGCUCGGGAGUUGAUGAGCGCCAUGGUGAAAAAGAAAAAUCAAUGUCCAUCUUGAUUUAUGGGAGCAGUUCAAGCAUACCAAAUGAUCAGACGAAAUCUAGAGGGAGAGCUGGGCGGGAGAGGAAGUCUAUGUCUUCUGAGAAGAGACGUCUUGACUCUAUGCCUAGUGAUUCCAAGGCAAAAAGAAGGAAAAAGGUAGUGUCACAAAGCAAUGGUAAUAAGAUGUCUUCACCACCUAAAGCUGCAGACCAAAUUCUCAAGUCUACUGACAGAAGUUCCCAAAGAAGAAUUGGAAAGCGUAGUGAAAAGUCGAGAAAUGUUGGUUUUGGAGAUUCAGUAGCUGGUCCCGUGAAACCUGAAGAACAGUUGAUUCCAAAAGAGUUCCCUCCUCCAACAGAGCUGCUCUCAAAGCUCUAUUUGGCUGCCAGGGAUCCCAUGAAUGGGUAUAGUAUUUUGUUAUCAGUAGCUGGUCUGUUCUGUGAUUACAGAAAUAUGACUAGCUUGGAAACUACUGAGUCAGGAGACCUCACAAAGAUGGCAGAAAAGGAUAUAGAGAAAAAAUCAUCCAACUCAGCUUCUCCUGAAACAUUGUCACUACAAGGUAUUGAAGACUCCUAUUGGACUGAUAGGAUUAUUCAAUGCAACCCUGAGGAUCAGGUGUUAUUUGAGGUCCAAAAUCAAGAGGAUUUUCCUAAUGGUAAAUGGGUUACUUCUCCUGGCCUGGGCUCGGCUGAGAAUUCGGAAAGAGAAAAUCUCUCUGUUCUUGUGCAUGGAAAUUCUGAGUACUCGCCAACUGCAUUGGUUCUUAACUUUUCAGAUCUAGAAUCAAUUCCUCCCAUAGCAGAUCUAAACAGAAUAUUUAGUCAGUAUGGUCCACUUUGUGAAUCUGAGACUGAAGUUAUUGACAAGAGCAAACGAGGGAAAGUUGUUUUCAAGAGGCGCACUGAUGCUGAAACUGCUUUUAGCAAGUCAGGGAAAUUUAGUAUUUUUGGUCCAUCACUCAUCAGUUACCGCCUACAAUAUUCGCCAUCACCACGAAAAGCAUCUUGUACCUCAAAACGUAAAAGGAAGUAUGCAGCAUCUACAUAAGUGAAUGGAGUUUGAAACUGAAGUAAGAUGAAUUCCUCUUACGUGUUUGCUUGAUUUUCCCCUUGCAGAUUAAAUAGUGAACUUGGUGGCUAUGUUAAUAUGAAAAUUUAAUGCACAUAGUUGAAAUUAACUGCUGACCAUUUUGUUCAUUUAGAAAUGUUUUGGAUAGUAGAAAGUAGACUGGGAAAGAUUUCAUUUAUUUGUGGCUGACUAAGAGAAGUAGAUGUCUGUCCAUUGGUUGAAUCUAUGUAUUCCUUUACUUCGAAUAUAUAAAAACAUGUUGGCAGCUAGUCUUCUUAAAGUAUACUUGGAUUGGUUUUGACAGUUGAGUAAUGGAUUUACAGUUUGAAUA